CACGAGUCUUCCAAAACAAGACAGUGUUCCGUGUUAUGUUGACGAAAUGUUAUAGUUGUUGUGACUGAGUUAUCGCGAUAACUAGACAAAAGUUUUCUUAGAAAGAGACAAGGAUCAUUUUUUUCCAAAAGAAAGUGGACAAGGAGGGUUGGAGAAGAAAAUGAGAACGCUAAAUCGAACGAUUUGCUUCGUUUACGCAGCCGGAGAUGCCAUGAUUUUUUCAUGCUGACCGUGGUCUGAAGGGUUUCGCUUUGUUAAUAAUUUUACUCUUGAUAUCCUGACGAAACCCGCUUAGCUUGUGUACAAGGCUUGGAAACUUUUGAAUUUUAUUUUAUAGUUUGUUUAUUUUACUUCGCUGUUUUAAUUUAUCCAUGGGAAGUUCUACUUCAAAGUUCCGCAAAGCUCUUCAACGUGGUGAAGGAGUCGAGGCUAUGCACAUUUACCUCAAGAACCCUGAAAUUAAAAGAAAUCUUGAUCCGAACUGCAGCUUCGGAGUGAAUCAUGGCCGAAACACUGCACUGCAUUAUGCUGCAAUGCAUGCGAUGAAAGCUUUUAUACGCGAGUUCCUGGAGGAAAAAGCUGACCCGAACAUUACGAACGCGAUAGGGCAAAAUGCCUUGCACUGUGUUAGCUUGAGUUUCCGAGGAGUCGAAUCGUCCGUCGAUAAAGCGCGAGCCGACUGCAUGUCGAUACUUCUAGGAUGGAGUUCAAAUCUUCCGGAGGGAACAGGGCUUGAGAUCGAUGCACGCGAUCAGGUAGGAAAAACAACCUUGUGUUAAAUAAAUGUGUAAAUAUUUCUGCGGAAAUGUAUCUAACCUCUUUCACCACUACCAUUUUACCCAUGAACAAUUUCGUAUCAUAAUCUCUAAAGCAAGUAUGUCUUUUGUUUUUUUUUCUUGCAGUAAUGAAAAGUAAAUGAAAAACCAUUUCUUUCAUAAAAGUACAUUAAUUCUUCAGUUCUGACCUAACAUGUAUUACUAAAAGCUGGCAACGUCUUAAUUACGAGACGCGACACAAUUUUAACAGAUAAACGAAAAUGCCAUGAACCCUUAAUAUUGUGAUUAGCAUUUCUUCCCUGACUGUUUUUUUUAAACCGUUAGAAAACCCGUUAGUUGUUUAGGCUGUUAGAUAAUACGAAAUUUUUAAUCCUAUGCGAAACAGAGUACUUCGAAUUCACUUCCAACUUGUUGUCGUGACAAAUGAAUGGAAACCGAGGCGUACAGGUGUUCUGAAUGAAACUGAAAAAAAAUAAUAAAAUAAGCAAAAGCUUGCUUUUCUUGUAAAGCUGAAAUUUAUUUUCCCCAGAAACAAUCUAUUUUAAGGUACUGGAAACCUUUCUUUUUUUUACUCUUGGUCUUUUGAUAUUAAAAUGUUUUUGAAGACAGCGAAGUAAAGUAAUACAAACCAUUGUGGUUCAUAAGACACUGCUUCCGACUGUUUUUCUCAACGUUUCUAAUUAUGUCAAAAAUAGGAGUGCAUUCAAAGAGCUUAAGGUGGCAAAUUAUGAUGAAUGUGAUAAAUUAUUAAACUGUACGCAAAAAAAAACCUUUUUGUCUUACAAAUGACAUGCAAUUCCAUUAAUAUUCCAAUUGUAAUUUAAAAUAUUGCUAUCACUAUAAUGAAAAAUCAUUUUCAUAAUUUUUUCGUCUUCCCUCAGCAGACAUGCCUUCUAGUCAAACUCAAAUGUAGUUGACAAAAAUCUUAUUAAAAUUUUGUUUUUUGUUAGAGCUGAGGUCAAGGGUUUGAUUAAAUGUUUUAAAUAAUUUGGCACCACAAACUUAUAGGAUGAAAUUUUUAAUUGAAACUUAGAUAUUACAGACAGCUGAUACUGUCUCCCACAUUAAAAUUAUUCAUUUUUAAAAAUUAAAAAUUUAUUUUAGGUUUCACAUAUUACAAAAUAUCCAGAGAUGCAUCGUGUCAAUGCUCUGUACACAUCUGCCCUAACAUCUUCUUUUAAUUGUUUUAGUAUUACACUUAUUCUUAAUAAUUGAUAUAAAUGGACAAUUUGAUUGGUAAUUGCUAAGUGUACUUAACCCUCAAACUCCCAUGAGUGAUCAAGACAGAAUUUCUCCUUACAAUUUAAAUACAAUGUCAAGCAGACAAGUGAUGAGAAUAAAGAAAAAUGUCAAUUGGGAGAUUAUUAGAUGAUCAUGAUCUAAUACCAAAUUCUCAGAACAAACAUAAGAAUUGUGUGGCAGACAGUAAGGAGAAUUUCUAAAGAGAUCUUGAGAGUGAAAGGUUUAAGUAACCAUAUGGACAGGGCAAGGGCUGGCAAAUUGUCACUUUAAUGAAACAGAAGAUUCCUAUACUAAGUCUAAGGGGAUUAUUUUAAAAUUCAAAUCUUGCAAGGUGGAAUGGAUUGCGUUACAAUGUACCUAUAAGAAAUUUUGAAUUCUCUCAUAAAUUCAGGACUUUUUUCCUUUUACAAUGGAAGUCACUCAUUUUUCUUUUUCUUUUCUUGUAUACAUUUUAAUGUAUUUAUUUCCUUAUCAUUUCUGUAUUAUUUCUGAAUUCUGUCUGCAAUAUUGAUUUUUAGCAUAGUUUAACUGGUAAGUUGAUAAGUGAUACCCUUUGACUAACAUCUCCUACCUGCAGGUCAAUUAAAUUUUUAUGAUUAAAAUGAAAAAAAUCAAGUGUUAAGUGUAAGUUUGUAAUGUGACCUUCUCACCCUGAUGAAUGAAUGUUUUAGACUGGAAACACUCCGCUGCACUAUGCUGCAAGCUCAGGACUAUAUCAAUGUGUUCAGGUAUGUACUCUGUCAAAAAAACUUUUAUAAACUAUCUGAGAUACAAAGGGUCCUGACUGGGAAACAACCUAUUGUUUAUUGUACUGGUAAAUGCAUAGAAAAUGGAAACAUCCUGUUUUUUUACAACAGGUUUUAUCAACAUGAUGCUAGUGACAUUGCUGUCACCCUAGCAGUGUACAAGACACAUGCCUUACAUGAACUUUGUGAUGGGCCUCACUCAUUAUGAAGUCUCUGUGGCCAAGUCCCCAAUUCCUAAUGGGGACUUAAAAUUUGUUCUUUGUCCUGUGCCCUCCGAUAUUCUAUUUAAAAAAUCCUGUGUUUUUUUAAGUCUAUUUUAUAAAUUAAAGCAAUAGACCCCUAGCUACUCUCUAUUGGUUUCUUGGUGUUAUAACCCAUAUGAGAUGUUCAGAGAACAAGAGAAAAGUUUAUAAAUCAUGCGCUGGAGGACAGUGAUUUCCACGUUUUUGAUUGGAAAGUGCUAUAUAAAGUGCAGACUAUUGCUUAAAUAAUUUUUGACUUUUGUUGUAAGCCACUUGGUCUUUCACCCCUGGAGUUGAAUAACUCCCAAAAGUCAUCAAAAUUUUACUCAAAUGUAGCUCUUCCGCUGCAAAAAACCGGCAUAUUUUUCCUUUUCCUGAAUAGCAAACUUGGGACUAUUUAGGACACUAAGUUUAAACAACUUCAAGUGUACUCUUAACCCUUUAACUAUAGAAAUCUGAUUGACAAUUCUCCCCUCUAGCUGCUACACAUUUCCAUGAGAAUUUGGUGUUAGAUCAAGAUAAAAACUUUUACCUGAUCAGUUCAUGUAUUCUCAUUAUUUGUUUGUUGGACAGUGUGUGGGUCUUAUAGGGAGAUGUUACAUGUUAAUCACUUCUGGGAGUUAAAGAGUUAAUCUUAAUCUUAUUCUUUUAUUCUUAAGUUGUUGGUUGCUAAUGGAGCAUCACUUUAUGAAGAAAACAAGAAUGGGGAAACUGCAUGUGAUUUUGCCAUCAAAAGAGGGUUUAACUCCAUUGCAGCUUUUCUGGAAUCAAGGAUGGUUUUCUCUGUAAGUACAGUAUAUGUUAUGGUUGAACCCCUAAAAACCCUUAGAGUGACCAGCAUCUAAUUUCUCCAUACAGUAAUACUGCUGAAGCAUUCAUUUAGGUUAUGAGUAUAUAGUUAUUGAUCACCAACCAAGGAAGGUUUGAUUGUUAAGCAAAUUCUCCUUGUCAGUACUAAAGGAGAUGUAUAGAGAAGAGUAUGAAGAAUAUAGAUACUGAUGUUGUGGUAUAAAAGGUUAAAGGAGAAGAUUUCAUGGUUGGAGUAAUAGUUGACUGUGUGAUGUGGUUAACCCUUUAACUCCCAAGAUCUUAUUGUUAAUUCUCCCCUCUAGCUGCUACACACAUCCUUGUAAAUUAGGUAUGAGAAUUUGGUAUAAGAUCAAGAUAACAACUUCUACAGUCGAACCUCGAUUAUCCGGACCCCGAUUAUCCGGACUAUUCGAUUAUCCGGACUUUCUUCUCUGGUCCCAAUUUUCCCAUGAAUAUUAAUUAGUUUUGAUCUUGAAAACUCAAAGUCGCAAAAAGCCCAAUAAUCCUUUCAAAAGACUGUUGAAACAGCGUAUUAUCCUAUGCGCUUUUCAAAAUUCAAAAGUGCGACGAGUCAAAGAAGUAUUCUGAUGCAUUCAGCUGAUAUAUGGUUAGCUCAAUUGUUUUGUUGCCAAGGGAAUUUCAUGCUUGAUUAGUUCCUUCUGCGUGGGUUAUGUAAACACAUGAGCGAUCGAUCGUAAACUCAAAUCAAAAACAUGCCCACGAAGCGAAAGCUUGCCGUUCUAUUGAUUAAAGAUAAGCAGAUAAUUAUUUCACAUUUCUAUCUCAUUAAUAUUCAUAUUUUCGAUUAUCCGGACUCUCGAUUAUCCGGACUAUUUACCGAGGUCCCGAUGAGUCCAGAUAAUCGAGGUUUGACUGUACCUGAUAAUUUUGAAUAUUCUCAUUAGCUGUUUGCUGGAUAAUGUAAGGAUGUUAUAGGGAGAAGUUUCAUGUUGAUCACUUCUGGGAGUUAAAGGGCUAAGGUUUUUAUCAAGGUAUGAAGUAGUGGACAGGGUUGUAGCUAAGAAAUUACAUUGGGCUACUGGCUGAAAUUUUGAAUGUGAUGGCUCACAGAUAGUGUUAGAUUUUUAAGCAUUGUAAGUGCGUAACCUCAGAAUUACUAGCUUUUUCUUCUGGCAAAUUUCACAAAAAGCCUGAGUGGGAGAAAGAAACAUGAGACUGACUGAUAAAACAGCUUGCCUGAGCUGCGUCAAAAAUUAUUCAGAAGUGAUCGUGAUUUUGCAAGAGAAUUAUAGAUAGAAGCUGGAGAAUUCUCCAAUCUCCAAUAUCCAUAAAUGUGCUGGGUGAUUCAACAGAUGAGGGUACACUACCUCCUGUUUCCAUGUUUUUGGAGUCAGUGACAAUUUUCUUAACAAGAAUGUGAGUGGUCUUUUGCUGCUUGCAGGGCACUCCAACAGGUUCAAGGGUACAGAUCUGUGAAUUUGCAGGAGAUUUGAUGUCCAUUGGAUAAUUUUUCAUGCUCUUUACUUUUCUGAAACUUUUCAAUCUUUUUUCUUUAUCAGCAAGAAUCUCCAAGUGCCAAUGCAGUUGAGGAGCCUGUUUUUAUUGACAGAGAUGACCAGGUAUGCAUUGCAUAGAAUUGAAUUUAUUUUAUCCUUCAUGUGCUUAUGCAAUGUCCUCAAAUGCAGAAAAAGUUGUUUGGAAAUAUUUUUUAGAAGUUUUCCUUUAAAAUGGCAAGUACAUGCUACAACCUCAGUUAAGUUUUGUUAAUUUUUUGGUUACUGACAUUAAGGAGGAUUAUUUCAACAAUACAAUAGUUGUAACACUUAAGAAUUAGAUGUACCUUGUGCAGAAAAAAAAUCUUUACACCAUUGAGUCAGUUACUGCAUUGUUCAACUUGAAGACAGAUGCAAAAUAUUGAUUCAGAAAGAUAGAAAACACAGUGAUAAUCCAAGAAACAACAAUUAACUUGUUAACUCCCAAGAUCUGGUUGUUAAUUCUCCCCUCUAGUUGCAACACAUUUCACUGUAACUAAGUUAUGAGAAUUUGGUGUUAGAUCAAGACAGCAACCUGUACCUGAUAAGUUUGAGAAUUCUCAUUAUCUCUUUGCUGGAUAAGGAUUGGAUAUUAUAGGGAGAAUUUAUGUGUUAAUCUCUCCUGAGAGUUAAAGGGUUAAAAUUAAGUAUAGAGAGAAUUGGUGUAAAAAAAAGAUUGUAAGUGAUGAACUUGAAAACUUUAGGCUUGAGUUUUAGAGAUUCACAUUUAAAUUUAUUUUGAUAUUUGAGUGAACAUAACCUCACAUAUUGAAGGGCUAUGUUUAGAGGGUAUUAAAAUUUAGAACCAGGAUGUAAUGAUGCAGUAUUAAGUGACAUUACCAUGUUAAAUCACUGUACAAAUUGGCUUGUUUUCUGAAUGCUAGAAGCAAUACAGAGGUCUUUGUGCUCAAGAUCUUCAAGAAGCAAAGGAUCAGAUGCUUGUAGAGACAGCAGAUAUGCUCAGGGUAAGCUUAAUGUCCACUUAAUUUUCAGAAUGCUUAUACACUUUUUAUUUCACUUUUAAAUUUUUCAGAUUGGUCACAAUGGCCAGUCAGAGUAAUCAUAAGGGAUUGUAAGCAAACCAUGAUGGUGACGGCAAUGAGGAUGUGGCAAAAUAAAAUAUAAAAUGGGCAGCACUAUAGCACAGCAUGUGUAUUUUAAACCUUUGUACACAUCUGAGCUGUCUUCCUACAAAACAGCAUUAUGAAAUGACCAAAAUUUGUGUGGUAUUAGAACAAAACCCUGAUGGCAAAUGAUCCAAGUUUCCAUUUGGAACUCAAUGCUGCUCCUACAUUUGUUUUUAUAUAUUUUGAUUUGUAAAUCUUAUACAUGUGUUUGUGUCAUAGGUUCCAUUAUUUACUGCUGAAGGUCUACUUCGGAAUCACGGUUAGUCACCUCAAACAUAUUUACAAUAAAAUUCGUUGAAGAAGUAACUUGAUAUGAUACUGUACUUUUAAUUAAUAAUUGUAAAUUAGUUUUCAUCACACUUCAUUUUUCAUGGAAUUUUGCUCCGUGGGGGUAAGUCAACAAGCAAUACUUAAUAAUUGGUUUGUAAUAGUUACCCAACUGUCUUGUUACUACAGAGUGGUCUAAAGAAUCUCUGAUUGAAGCAUGGAUGGAAGAUCCUGUUGCAGCUUGUGAGAAAGCUGGAGUUACUCUCCCAGAAAGUGAGUUUUUAACUGUUCACACAGUAUUAUUCUUAAGUUUCUUGUUCCUUUUGUUUUGUUUUGUUUUUUUACCUUCAUGUUGUUUUUGUUUUUAAGUUCCAAACUAAAAAUUGAGAAAGUCAGUUAGGAAGUCUGAACAGAUUUGAUUUCUUUCACUCAUGGUUGAAGAAUUUUGACCAAAUGUCAAUGCUAAAUUGUUAAAUUUGUGAAAUUACUAAGAAAGUUGGAAAACAGUUAGAUGUUUUGAACAGGCAAAAAAAUUCCCUCAGAAAUGUGCCUCUACAACUUGUACGUAAUGUCUUACUUCACUUACUGUUCUGCUAUUUGGCACAAUUGUACUGACUGAUAAUUUUUUGUGAUUUUCUUAUACUUUUCUUGGCAUAUUAGCAUGCACUGCCAAGGGCCUAAUCAGCCUCAUCAACCUGAGUUGAAGUAAAGUUACUUACUAACUUACUUAACCCUUUAACUCCUAAGAUCUGAUUGUUAAUUCUCCCCUCUAGCUGCCUUACUUUUCCUUGUAAACUAGUUAUGAGAAUUUAGAGUUAGAUCAAGACAUUCUAUUGGACAAUUUUGAUUAUUCUCCUUAACUGUUUAUUGAUAAUGUAUGGAUGCUUUAGGGAGAAAUUACUUGUUAAUCACUUCUGGGAGUUAAAAGGUUAAAUGUAUCUUAACUUAAUGAAAUUUCUUGAUUUCUUCCAUUGCAAUAUCCUUAAAACUAACAGUUUUCUAUAUUUUCAUCCACUAGAUCACACCACAGGCAAUGUAGAACUUGAAGAGAAAACUAAACUCGCAAUAAAAAGCAACUAUGGGGCAUCUGUAAGUAUUUGGUUAAAAAAAGCUUUGUCACUCCAAGUGGUAAAUGACAUGAAAACUUAUUGGAAAGCAAUUGAUUACUAUACACUUCAUUAUUUAUAUUGAUAUUCUUCAUACUGUUCCCUCAACAUUUCCUUUAGGGCUGAUAAGGAGAAUUUUUUUUUUUUGUAAUUGGGAGGUUCAUGAAUUUCUGAAGAUUUUCUUUAGAUUUAUGACCUUUUUAUUAUUUGACAGUUUGACAGGGGUGGGGAGGGUGAUAAUGUAAGGAGAAAUAAGAAGCCAAUCACUCUCAAGUGUAAGGGUGAAAUGGUGUGACAAUUACACUAGGUAGCUGGUAGCUGUUGACAAGCCUUCCUAUGGUUUUGGUAUAUCUUUUAACAUCUUGGUCCUCAUCUAUUUUAAUUGCAGGAAGUUUGUUCUAUCUGUGAAGAUCAAAUAGUGUAUGAAGAUGUUCCUCUGUCUCUUUCUUGUAACCAUGAGUUCUGUCGUUCUUGCUGGGAAAGGUAAAUUUAGGAACCUUUUAUAUUGAGUAUUAAACAAUUAUUUACCUAAGCGGGGAUAAAUAUCCACCACUUGCAGUUGCGCUGAGGUUAAUAAUUGUUUUUAGUGUAUACUACACAGAAACCAAAAGAUCAUUUUAUUUCUGUCACUACUCUGAAAAUGGUCAGAAGUUAAACUCCAGGCCCUGGUUGUUCAAAGACUUAUUCACUGAAUAAGACAUUAAGUGGACACUUAUUCACUGGAUAGCAAUUUAUUCACUGGAUAGCAAUUUAAUCACUGGAUAGCAAUUUAUUCACUGGAUAGCAAUUUAUUCAUUGGAUAGCAAUUUAUUCAUUGGAUAGCAAUUUAUUCACUGGAUAGCAAUUUAUUCACUGGAUAGCAAUUUAUUCACUGAAUAGUAAUUUAUUCACUGGAUAGCAAUUUAUUCAUUGGAUAGCGUUAUCCAUCCUUUAUACAACUGGGCCCUCAUGCACAAUUUUGUCUCUUUGGCUGGUGUAAGGUGAAUAGCACUUGCUAAUCACUACCAAACUGGCCAAUCAUUGAAUGCAAAUGGCAUUAUUUACUUAUUAUGUGGUAUAUACUUACUGAUGAUGUUGUUGUAUUGGGUAAAGGGCUAAGCAAUUAGUGCCAGACUCUUGGUCUAGAGGUCUGGGUCCUAGUCAUGGCUGGGUCAUGUGACAUGUUCUUGGGCAAGACAACUCACUCUUAAAGAGUAUGUCUAUGUUUACAAGGACAGAGGGGCACUAAAGAACUCUUCGAAAUCCUGCAAAAUGCCAGGGGUUAGCUGCCACAACCCAAUGUCCUAUCCAGUAAGAGUAGUCAUACUCCUAAUGGUUUUGUGGGAUCUGCGGAUGAGAAAAAUUUGACUAUGGGCUGUGUGGCCUGUAAGACUCUAUUGUAUGUUGUUACCUGUUGGUUGCAAGGUGAGUGUCUGACUGGAUUCUCAAUUAUGGAGGCAGCAUGGCCCAGUGGCAUGUGUGCUGGACUUGUAAUCUAGUGGUCCUGGGCCCAAGUCCUCCACCUUGCCAUUCACUGGAUUUGUUCUUGGUCACUGCACUGUGCUGUGUAAAUAGCCGAUAGGUCUGCCCUCUGCCAGUUCGGAAUUUUCAAGUGCUUUAUGUUUAUUUCAGUCAUUGUAAAACACUAUUGGAUAGCAAUAGAAAUAGCACUUUAUAAAUAAAGUAUUGUUUUUUAGUUAAUAUUAAUUCAUUGUCACUCUCUGAUCCAUGUUUACUCAGUUACCUGAAUGUGAAGAUCAAAGAAGGCAAGGCUCAUAACAUACAGUGUCCUGCAUUUGAUUGCAGUGCUCUUGUCCCUGUGGUAAGUAAGCUUUAAACACUUAACACCUUGAGACUCUCUGAAAAUGAAUAAAGAAGCAUCUUACAUGGAUAAAGACACUUCCUGAGCAAAUUUUCUCUAGAUUUAUAUCCUAGAAGCUCAAAGUUAAUGGUAGCUAUAAAAUUUUCCACUCCAAAUAUUAUGACUGUUUCACUCCAAUAAUUAUUAGCUUACCUUAUAUGGUAAUGCAUUUUGCUAAUGGUUGCAGAGCUCAAAGUGCUCCAAGUGUAUAUAAAAAACUAAGAUUAAUAAUGAUGAUAUUGUUUAGCAUUUAGAAUGGCAAUGAAUUUUAUAUUCAAUAUGCAGUACACAGUCACUAUAAGUAUUAUUAUUUGUGUCUACUUUAGACACUGCUUCUUCAACAAAUGCCUUCUCCAUCUCGUUGUUAACUCAUCUGGUCUAUGUUCAAUGUUUUUUUUUUUUUCCAGGAAACUAUUGAAAGUCUUGUAUCAAGAGAAAUGGCAAGAAGAUAUCUUCAGUUUGAUAUAAAGGUAAGGACUUUACAAACUGGCCAGUCAUCUUAAAGGGAUCCUUGGCAACCAUACCCCUGUUUUUGAUUACUGAUAUAGGAAAGCAUGAAAAUCCUCUGAUGACGAAUGACACAAAUUAGUUAAAAAUGUGAGUCAAAACAAAGCAAUGAUGAGGUUAAAAGGCAAAUGCAAUGAUGAAAAUUAAAAUAGAAGAUAAGAUGGACAGCUGAAGAUUUAGAACCACUGGUAAUAAAGUCCAAACAUUCUGGCUAUAAAUAAGGUAGAGUCCUGGUAAAGCAGGUGUUUCCAUAAAAGGUUGGUAUCAUUGUUAGUCUUCUUCCUGUAAAACCUCUCACUGCUGUCUGUUUAGCCUGCAAGCAGGCUCAAGAUUGUGUUAGGGUUUUACCCAACCACCCCUUUUCUGGGAACACCCGAUUAUGGAAAAAGUUAUUUAAACCACUGGGUAAAGGCACUUAGUUCAUCAGAUUGUAGUCACAAAGUACUCAUGGUAAGGAAGGUGUCACUUAAAUUCAUGGUGGAUGUUAAGAAAGAGUUGAUUGUAUGUUACAAAGUUUUCCACUUACGCAAGUGUUUGUAAGGAAAAAGCCUUAUCUUCUUACAAAUAUUUUUCAGGCUUUUGUAGAGAGUAAUCCCACUUUGAAAUGGUGUCCGUCACCUGGAUGUGGCCGAGCAGUGAGGCUGCCAUCGAACAUGCUACCCUCACUGAAUGUUUCUGUAGAAGCAAGCUCUUUAGGGGAGACAGAGCCAAUGACUGUAGAUUGUGGCAGUGGUCAUUUCUUUUGUUGGUGAGUACACAGUAGGUAGAUCAUAGUAAGCAGAGGUGAUUGGUUCAUAAUGCCAACAGAUUUCUUGGUUAUUGGGUUUUAUUAGUUGUUUUGGACCUCACAAUGCACAACUUUUAAACACACGGUUUGCAUGCGACAGGUUUCACUGUCAGAAAUUAUAAUUUUUGUCAGCACUGCAUACACACUAAAAUGAUGAAGAGGGUUGUGUGCCAAAGUUUUUAAAAUUUCUUUUUUGUCAUAGAUUGGGCAAAUUUAAUGUGCAUUGCAUUAAUUACACUUCAAAUGUCAAUAUUACUGUACAUCUGAUCCACAGGCAUUGUUUAAAGGAAGCUCAUCUGCCCUGUACAUGUGAACUUUGGAGUAGAUGGAUGGAAAAAAUAGCUGAAAUGUUACCAAAGAUUCCUACAACAGAAGGUUGUUAAAAUUUGAUUCAAAUUUUAUUUGUAUGGGUAACAAAUUUUAUUUUCCUGUACAUGGUAGAUCCAGUAGCUUAUUUUAUAGUAUGCUAUUGGUAAGGUUACGUCCGUACUGAAGAAUAUUGGCCCACCCAAGCAGAACUUAUCCUGGUUUCCAAGUAACAUGAAGCAACUAGGAGUAUUACCACUCCCCCCUGAUGGUCAGUGCUCUGAACUCCGGGUUGAGAGGUCCUGGGCCGAGAGGUCUGGCACAUUGACCUCGCCGGGUCAAUGUGUGCUCUUGGACAAGACACUACUCUCAUUGCACUGGCCGUCAGGCCUCUGCAUCUCAUACCUUAGCCUAUGGCUGGUUACCACCACCCAUCCACCUACACACCCACAACCCAACCCCCCCCCCUCGCAUUUUGUUAAGUUUACCUGAAUCCACCCAAGUGAAUAAAUACGUACUGGUGAACUGCUGACGUGUUAUAUUAUAUAUAUUACAUUGUAUAUAUUUUAUAUAUUGUGAUACCCCACCGACGCAGCACCACAGUUUCUGUAGAAACUUACGUCCCCCUCCUCCGCCUUAAUACCAAAAGGAUUACCGGUCUUCUAAGUUUUUAUUUUCAAAGUCUUGUUGAAGGUUUGAAAAUCAAAAGCUCUAAAUCUUCCUCUCUUUUGACAGACAUUUCUGAGUGUCCUGAAACAGAAGCAGUCGCCAACACUCUUUGGCUCGUGACAAACUCGAAAUCCUGCCCCAACUGCAAGUAAGUGGUCGAUCUAUACAAGACAUAUAUGUGUGCGUUACGUUUUGCAUAACUGAGUACCUGGUUUGUGUUUCAUGCAAUCAUGCCUGUAAUCCAUCCUACAACAACACUAAAAGAACGUGUUAAUGGUAUAAAAACUGUAAGAUCUACCAAUUAUGCCAAGGUCCAACGUCACUACUUGCGUAUCUGAAAAAGUUCUUCAUUAUCAAGCAGUCUUAGAGAUCCAGUGUAUAGAAAUAGGAUACGCUUCCUCUCUUACUAUGUUGCCUUGGCUCUCUGCCAAAAAAUUAAAAAUUGAGUCAGUAACUUUUUGUUUAGAGGAAUUUUCAAUUAAGUGUCGAGAGAAAUCUGGGAUUAUUUUGAUUUUGCUAUACUUCGCUCAAUGAUUGGUUCAGAAAACUCGCGCCUCUCUCUUAACCAAUCAGAUGCAAAACUUUAACCAAUCACGACUUGGUCGCCCGCUUUUUCCCGCGCUUUAAGCAGUUUGUUUGUUUUUGCUGUGAGUUCUCAUUGGUUCUUAAAGGUAUUUUUCUUUUUUUUGAUUGGCCGUUGUGAUUACUUUGGUCUUGGUUUUACGACACUCGCCAUAGGUGAAGUGUUAACGCAAUAGAACAUACAGCUUAUUACUGAUCUGUUAUAGUAAAUAAAUUGACUUAACCCUCAAAGAAACUCUUAAAAUCUUUUUUUUCAAAACUAGAAAGACAAAAACCGAGAGGUUGUACAUAUUACAUAUUACGGAAAAAUAUUAGCGAUUGGUAGGAUUAGAUUUGAUGGAAAAGCUUGAUCGACCGUCUCACAUUCUACACAGUACCACAAAAGCGCGUUGAAAUUAAGAAUUUGUAACGAUUGUCAAUGUUUCUCGAAUGAAUCUAAUGGGAGAUUUUACUCCUCAGAUCACCCAUUCAGAAAAAUGAGGGAUGCAACCACAUGAAGUGUACAAAGGUGUUUAUAAAGCUUAUUUACUUGUUAUGAGUUUUAGAAGGAACGGCACGAAAGAUACACACUUGUGCAGUUGUAAAACUUCUUUGUAAUACUUGCGGUUCUCGUUUGUACAAUACUUCGUAAAACAAAAAAUAUAUAUAUCAAAGAGUGACUUACCACGUGUUAAUUUUGUUGAGUGUAUGCCUGCACAUGAAGAAGUCCCGUAAUGAAAUUCUACAGACAUUUAUUAUCAUUAUCUUUUUAAUGUUUCUUUUACAGUGUAAACACGAGUUCUGCUGGGUUUGUCUUGAACAGUGGAAAAAACACAGUUCUGCUACAGGAGGAUAUUUUAGGUUGGUGGAACUGAGUUGAAAAUUGUCAUGAAUAUUUGUCCUUUGUGACUAAAAUACUAUUAGUAAGGAGAGAUUUCAUAGAGCUGCGCACAAAUUUUUGUUACGUACGCGUUCACAGCCUUUGUUAUAUUUGGACUGAGUGGAGUCCAAUUCGGUUUGUAAUCAUACGAAUGAUAAGAAAAUUGGAAGACUGUGAAGCGGGAAUGUUAUUCACGAGUAUGAUUAUAGACAGAGUUGGACGACACGAAGUCCUGUUACCAAUUACUCAUAACUAAUACAAUUUCCAAAAAAAAAAUUCAUCUAGGACAAAUGUCUGCACAGGAGACAAUAUCUAAAGUUGAAAAUUCCUACAUUUGGAAAUUUACCAGUGUUUCUUAGGAUGAUUGGUUGUUGCUAUGGUUAUUGUGAUCAAUUCUGUGAUUGGUGGAUUUAGCUGAGUGGACUAAGUACGAUUGGCUGCUUCAAUUGUCCAAUUACAGGUGUCCAAUUACAGCCAACUAUCCUAUUACCUGGUCCGAUUACAACUCUGCAAAAUAAUUAGUGAAAAAGGAAAUAGUUAGUGCACCAACCACAUGUAAGGAAAUUGUAAUGGCUAUGAUUAAAUCUCUUUUUCCAGGUGUAAUCGAUUUGAGAUUGUUCAAAAAGUUGAAUCAGAGUCAGCCAAGAUAGUAACAGAGGUAAGGUGAAGCCUGUUUACGAAACUGACUCGAUUAGCUGCUUGAAUUCCAUCAAAUGAAGCGAUUGAAAGUGUUUCUGCUCCCCUUGGCUGGUAUGCCGGUCCGAUGCAGUUAACCACCACACCCCCAUGUCAGUAUUUUGUCCGGCUUCCUUAACGGUUUACCAAUACUCAUUUCUACUCCUGGGUGAAGAGCAGCUUUUGUGAGCGUGAAGUGUCUCACUCAGGAACAAGGCACAAAGCAUGAAGCACUAGGACCCCCCUUGGAAUUGAAAAUGUUAGCAUCACUGGGUGAAGGUCAAACUACCAGCAUGAUGGUUUUAAACCUUUGACCCCUAAGAGUGACCAAUUUCUCCUAACAGCAUUACCCCUGAAUGAAACAUUUUAGUCACGAGAAUAAAGGAAAUGAUCAUCAACUUAAGUAGCUCUUGAUUGUUAUACAAAUUCUCCUUGUUAGCGUCUUAAGGAAAUGUAUAAAGAACAGUAUGGAGAAUAUGCAUUCUGAUGUUAGGGUGUAAAGGGUUAAAAGAAACUCAGUGCUAUUAAUAGCUCUGACCGAUUGAAAGUUGAAAAGGACUCUAAUGAGGGGAAAGUCGUUUUCAAGUGUACUUUAUGGAAUUUUAUGUGCGUUUUUAAUGCUCGAUAUUUUUUUUCCGAAUUUUUUUUUACCAGAUUAACACAAAGAAUGACGAAAUCACGCAGUUAAAUUGUUUUCUACAUUAUUACUCGCGCUUUAAGAACCAUGAAAAUAGUUACAAGGUAAGAACAUAAGAUUUUUAAAGAGAAAGUAGGAAGUUAUCUUAACAGAUGAUUGGAACGUUCGGUAUUGUGGGCAGUAGAAGGGAGAAAUGCGUUUUUCUUGCGAUUACUUACAAAAGGAGAAGCACACAGUGCAAAUUGUCUUUGCUGAUGAGGAAUAAUGAUCCAUAAAGUAAAGUUUGAUCAAAAUUAUUUUUUUAUCUUUAAUAGUUUGAAGAACCUUUAUUAAGUACAGCUAAGGAUAAAAUGUCUGCACUGGCUGUUGCUGCCAUGGAAACAGGUAAGUUCUCCCUUUUACUAUCAGCUAUACGACCGAUAUCACUAAAACGGAUUUUUUUCCUUUAUAUCUGAGUGUGAGUCUAUACUGUGUACUGAACAAUUGUUUCUGUGUUCAGCUGCAACUUCAGUGGAAAAUGCUGACACAUCAUUCAUCGAAGACGCCGUUCACGGACUACUUAAUUCAAGAAGAGUUCUCCGAGCCUCAUAUGCCUAUGGCUUCUUUCUCACUGGUAACAAAGACAAGAGAGUAAUCUUUGAAUCAAUGCAGGCGAGUGUUAAAGCAAUUUUUAACUGCGUGUGUAAAGUAAUCCGGGAUGUACAUUGCUCUCUGAUUGGUUCAGAAAACUCGCGCCACUCUAUCAACCAAUCAAAUGCAAAAUUAAAACAAAUUGUCACUUGUUCACCCGCGUUUUCCCGCGCUUCAGCAGUUUGUUUGUUCAGUUUAUUUUCCAUAGCCGUUAUUCCCCAUUUUUUUUGAUUUGAUGUAGGUUUAUCAAACUAAAUUAAAAAUCGCUCUUAACACUAACAGUUGCACCAUCUAUGUUUCCUCUCCAGACCGAAGUUGAAGAAGCAACAGAGACACUAUCACAGAUGGUAGCCCGACCUUACUUGAGGACACCGCGGGCUCAGAUCAUCCAAACCACACAGCUGUUACACCGGAAGCGAGAUGACUUCCUGUUAGCUCUGUCACGUGGUCUUAUACCGGAUGACGACGAACUUCCGGAACCUAACAGCCUCAUGCCAAGGUAAGUGUUGUUAGUAAUGUUAUUUCAAAGUUCUGUUUCGAAACUUUUGCUUCUAAGGAUUCCCUUUCUAAAUAGCUUUUUCAUUUUAUAGCAGGUUCCUCUCUUCAUCCAGAGGAAGUCAAGAUAGCGAGGUACCAUUGAAAUUCUAUAAAUGACCGUAUAGUGUUAUCAUGUAUCAGUAGCUCGCGAUACACAGUUGAAUAUCUUCCCAUUCAUUGAAAGACCGGUUGGUUCCUCUUUAACGGCAUUCUAUCUCAGAUCCAACUGUUGUGGAGCCAGCCUGGUCGGGAUUUUUGUGUUUAACCCUUUAACCCUUAAGAGUGACUAGCAUAUAAUUUCUCCAUACGAUAUCAACACUGAAUCACACAUUGAUGUCAUGAGAAUAAAGCAAAUGAUCACCAACUGAAGAAUCUCUUGAUUGUUAGACAAAUUCUCCUUGUCAGCACCUUAGUAAAUGUACUAAAAACAGUAUGGAGAAUAUGAAUACUGAUGUUAGGGUUUAAAGGGUUAAAAGCUCCCAUGCAAGACAAGCAACACUCUCAGUGUCUCCAAGUAGUAGCAUCGAAUCGUCAGUUAUCAUAUGUUGUAGCCUGGUAUUUGUCCGUGUCUGAGCAGAACCACAGCAGCCUGAAGCUGCCAAGUUCCCAACUCCCUAGCAGAUCGAAUAUUCAUACUACAAUCGAAAAAUUAAUUUUUUGUGUUUUGUAGUCUGACGAAGAUGAAGACAAUUAUGACGAAGUUCGCAGCGCAAUUGAACAUUCCAUUAUCAAGGAACGUUUGACUCGGCUGGCAGAGUUUGGAUCUACUGAUUCAUGCCCACUUAGUGAAGAUGUCUUUGAAGAACAAGCCGCUGCCAAGGAAAAAGUAACCUGUGAGGCGAUUCACAAGAGAUUUAACCUUUCCUCUUGUUACUUGUGCAAAUAUGGAAAAACGAAAGAAAAAGGGGCGGGAAGGAGAAGAAGUAUGUAACAAAGUGAUAUUAUUUAUGCAUCAUAGCUCUGAACGACAAAGUUCUUAAUAGCAAAGCCCUUCUUGUGGAAAUAUAGAGAAGUGAAAGAAAAAUGGUUGGAAGGAAAGAUAUCUAUGUAGCGAAAUGGUUCUUGUUCAUGUAUCAUAGCUCGAGACAAGUAAAGAUAAACUUGGCACUACAUUUGCUAGCCUGCGUGAAGGCCUGGUUUUUAUAUUUAGCGCUGAAAGACGUGCGUUUCUCCGCCCCGGGAACUUUAGAGACGAGUCGGGUAGAGGUUUAUCGGGAGUCUGGCACUAAAAGUCAGUGCCAGACCCCUUGCAGUCCUCUUCUCAAGGCCUCAUACUUUCCUGCGGCGAAAAGACACUCGUGCCCAAGCUAUAAUGAUCAGGGCCCGCUCACAGGCUAUGAAGGUGCAAAAGAUGGAAAACGCAAAAGAAAAGGGGGCGGAUAACCAAGGUCAUUUGUUACAAGUCUGUACGAUAAAGCCCUUAACACUGAAAGUUAUGUUAAAAAAAAAUUUUAAAAGAAAAAAUAGCAACAAAAUAAUGGUGGAAUCUUUUUGUUAAGGGCGCCAGCGACGAAGCAAACCAGCGGAGACUGAAGACGAAAUAGAUGUUGAUGUGAUGCGAGCGAUACAUUUGUCACUGAUGCAACGUAGUACACAAACCAAUCAGAGAAGCCGACAAUCAAGCUCAUCCAGCAGUUCGACCAGCUCUUACAGAGACCAAGCACAUGGGGUGCAGGCGCCCCAGGACAUGUCUUACCUCUCUGCCGUGGAUGGGGCUUCUCUUCAGAAAGCUAUAGAGCUGUCACUUAGAGAUUCUGCUGUUGGAGGAGGUAAUAUUCGGUUGUUUUUAUUAGUAAAGCUUAAAACACAAGGGUGUCAUUUUUUAAGUAAAAAGUGAACCGGGUAUCACGUGAAAGUACUCCUUGAAAGCAAGGGUCAAGGUUCCAUGAACUUACACACCCUGUACAGCAAAAUAAACAGUACCAUUUGAAAGUACUGCUCAUUAGCUUUUAUAUGAACGGUCACAUGCCAGGGUUUUAUCCACAGACUGGAAAUUUAGAACCACUUUGUACAGCGUGGUUAACAGAACUUCUUGAAAGUGCUGCUCCGUAGCCAUCACUUUAAUGGCCAUAGACUAACAAAUCAGAACCACGUUAUACAGCACCACGAACAGUACCACUGAAAAUACUGCCCCGUAGCUUUCACUUUUGAUAGUCGCAUACCGGUGUUUCAUCUACAGACCAGCAGUGAGAACCACUUUGUACAGCACAAUGAAUAGUGCUGAAUGGUCAAACACAAGGGUUUAUCAACCAACUUAAAAGUUAGAACUUGACCAUCUUUUACAUCAUAAUAAACGAUAUUCAAUGAUUAUUACACAUAUGCAUGUUUAACAGCAAAUACUGCACAAACAGCCAAACAAUUGUUUUUUUUAAAGACACACAUAACUUUUCUGUAGAUUUGCUUUUGCUGAAAAGUGAUAGACAUGUGUUUUAUAUUUUCAGAACUGUCCUCUUCUCCCGAUGAUGACCUUAAACAAGCCAUCAAACUAUCUCUGCAGGACAGUGGUCUUCCCCAGGAGGGAACUGAUGGCAUUGGACACGCAGACAGUUCACCACAACACCCACAAACGAAAGAACAAGAGGACGCUGACAGUGAUAUUGAAUUCGAUAUUUGUCUUUAA